AUGCCUGGAACUGUAAGACAAGGCGUUGUAUCUAACGAAGUAGUCUCAUCGCUAGAUUUAUUCACUACGUUUGAACAAGUUGCGACUUCCGGAGGGAGUGUGAAGAAAUCCGCCUAUUUGUCUGACGAUUCGUUUGAUGCCGAUAAUGACGAAUAUUACACCCCUAAACGAAAAACUGAUGGAAUUAAUAUUUGGCCAGAAUUGCUCGGAUUCUCAGCAACUUCUUCCAACGAAAAUCAAAAAACUUCAAACGAUGUACGUACACACAUGCAUGGAUUGGCUCUAAAAGGAUUACCACCGCUUAGCGAAAGACGCCCAAUAUUUUUUUAUUGUAAUAAAAAUUUAAUGGCUAUACGUUGGGGAAAUUAUAAAGUUCAUUAUAUGACAUCGCCAAUCUUCAAAAAUUUUACUAAAGACCCUAACUUGGAGGAAUUCUGUCCUGAUGGAAAGCCGAGGGCUGAUUGGUAUGUCAGCCAAACCUGCCCAGAAAGCCAAUUAAUUCGCCACGAUCCUCCACUCGUUCACGAUUUAUAUCGCGAUCCUUACGAACUCUACCCGCUUGUGGAUACAGGAGAUAAAGGGGUUGUGGCACGUGUUCUAGCUAAAGUUGGACGUAUUUUGGUAGAACAUUUGGAUUCUAUUGUUGAUGUACCCCCACAAUUGGGGCAUUUUUCAAAAGCUGUUAAUCCGUGUUGCAAUCCCCCACUUUGCAAAUGCAACUUAUUAAGCUCUUCAGCUAACCGUGAAGGUAUAGACGAUUUAUUCGAAGAAGACGAUUUCUAA